GCUCUGUCCCCCUUCCAGAUCGAUGACAUCGCAGAUGGUGCCGUGAAACCCCCACCGAACAAGUACCCCAUCUUCUUCUUCGGCACUCACGAGACAGCCUUCUUGGGCCCUAAGGACCUGUUCCUAUACGAGAAGUGCAAGGACAAAUACGGGAAGCCGAACAAGCGGAAAGGCUUCAAUGAAGGCCUGUGGGAAAUCCAGAACAACCCUCAUGCCAGCUACAGCGCCCCUCCGCCGGCAAGCUCCUCAGACAGCGAGGUUGGCGACAUCGACCCGGUAGCAGGCAGUGAUGCAGGAGAGGAUGAAGAGUCUGCGGUCGCUGCCAUCCCUGCAGCAGCCACCGAGAAGAUGGAAAGCGACGAGGAGUCUGACAAGGGGAGUGAUCACAGCGGGCUGAAGCGGAAGUCACUGGCUAUGAAGGUGCCGGUGGCUAAACGACCCCGGAAAUCCUCCAGUGACCUUGACCAAGGCAGCGUGUCCCCGUCAGAAGAAGAGAACUCAGAAAGCUCUUCGGAGUCGGAGAAAAACAGCGACCAGGACUUCACUCCCGAGAAGAAGCCGGUAGCCAGGGCUCCCAGGAGGAUGCCUGCAGGCGGGAGAAAGAGAAAGAAGGUGGAUUCGGGCUCUGACUCUGACUCCAAAGCGGACUCGGAGGAGGAGAUGGAGAACGCCGCAGUGGAUGUGGCCAAGUCAGACUCGGACUCAGACUCAGAUUCAGACAUGUCUGUGAAGAAGGCUCCUCGGGGUCGGAAGCCAGCCGAGAAGCCACCCCCAAAGCCCCGGGGCAGAAAACCAAAGCCUGAGAGAGUGCCCACCAGCUCCAGCAGUGACAGUGACAGCGACAGUGAUGUGGACCGCAUCAGCGAGUGGAAGCGGCGGGACGAGGAGCGCCGGCGGGAACUGGAGGAGAAGAGGAAGAGGGAGCAGGAAGAGGAGCUGCGUCGGCUGCGCGAGCAAGAGAAGGAGGAGAAGGAAAAGCGGAAGGAGAAAGCGGAGAAGGCGGAUGAGGCACGCUCAGACAGCGACAGCAACCUCGACGGUGAUGUGGCCAAAAGGGGCCGCAAGGGCCGAGCCAAAGCCCCGUCAUCCUCUGACUCGGAUGCUGAGCUGGAGAAGGAGGUAAAGAAGCCUGGGAAGAAGCUGCAGCCCUCUGAGUUGUCAAGGAAACCGAAUCAAAAGGAGAAGAGGGGCCGGGAGGAGAAGCCUCGCAACAAACCCUUGAAAGUGGAACGAGGCCGGAAAAAGUCUGACACAAUCCACGAGAGAAGGAUGGAGAAGAAAAAGGAGCCCACAAUCGAAGAGAAACUCCAGAAGCUUCACAGCGAGAUCAAGUUUGCCCUGAAAGUCGAUAACCCGGACAUCAAGAGAUGCCUGAGUGCACUGGAAGAGCUGGGAACACUGCAGGUCACCUCUCAGAUCCUCCAGAAACACACUGAUGUGGUGGCUACGUUGAAAAAGAUCCGCCGCUACAAGGCGAACAAGGAUGUAAUGGAGAAGGCCGCUGAGGUUUACACCCGCUUGAAGUCACGUGUCCUGGGACCAAAGCUGGAGGCCAUCCAGAAAGCCAACAAAGCCGGGUUGGAGAAGGACAAGGGGGAUGCAGAGAAGGGCCAGGAGAAGCUGGCAGGAGGCGAGACACGGAAUGAGAAAGGAGAGGAGGAGACGAAUGCUGACCUGCCAGGCCCUGUGAACGGCGAAUCCAUGUCCCAGAAAGGGGAGAACGCUGAGGAGAAGGAGCGGGACAAAGCGGCAGGAGCAGGCGACAGUCAGCGCGAGGCCCCCACCGAGGACACGCACAACGACGCACCAGACUAUCCCGAGACUGACAGGCCUGGCCCAGACAGGGAGAGGGUCCGUGCUGCAUCGGAGUCCGUGGAUGACAAUGAGGAGAGCUGAGACCAUGGCUGGCGUGGAGAACACCGCAGCGUUGCCCCGCCGCCACGGAGACCGGCCUCUGCCUUGCCCCGUGUUUCAGAGUCACUUCACUAAGCCACACAGUAGAUGAUGUCUAGGUCUUGUCCCUGCCCCUGCUCCUGGGACCGCCGAGAACUCUGGGGAGAGCCGCGUGUCUGUUUGUACUUGUCCCUCUGUUUGGUUCUGUUUUUGUUUUUUUUCCUCCUCGUCCCCCCACCCCGUCCCCACCUGAUUCCUUGUGAUUGGAGCCGACAUGAAAUGACUAUAAAGGGUUUUUUAAUGAA